ACCAAAAGCUCAGCCAAAGAGCACAAAAAGAGAGACUGAAGAAGAUAGAGAAACAGAGAGAGAGAGAGAGAGAGAUGGCAAUGGCAUUGGCGCUUCGCAGACUCUCAUCUUCAGUGGAGAAGCCAAUUCAGCGCCUCAUCAAUGGCGGAUCCCUCUAUUACAUGUCGUCUUUGCCGAACGAAGCUGUGUAUGAGAAGGAGAAAUGUCGGGUCUCAUGGCCAAAGCAAUUGAAUUCUCCGCUUGAAAUUGUCGAUCCUGAGAUUGCUAAUAUUAUCGAGCUUGAAAAAGCUAGACAAUGGAAGGGACUUGAACUGAUACCCUCGGAGAAUUUCACUUCUAUCUCUGUGAUGCAAGCAGUUGGGUCGGUAAUGACCAACAAAUAUAGUGAAGGAUACCCGGGUGCUAGAUACUAUGGAGGAAAUGAGUAUAUUGAUAUGGCCGAAUCCUUAUGCCAGAAGCGUGCUCUAGAAGCAUUUCGGUUGGACCCUUCAAAAUGGGGAGUGAAUGUGCAGUCUUUGUCUGGGUCUCCAGCUAAUUUUCAAGUUUACACCGCAUUACUAAAACCUCAUGAAAGAAUCAUGGCUCUUGAUCUUCCUCAUGGUGGACAUCUUUCGCAUGGCUAUCAGACUGACACAAAGAAGAUAUCUGCAGUUUCAAUAUUUUUUGAGACAAUGCCAUACAGAUUAAAUGAGAGCACUGGCUAUAUCGACUACGAUCAGAUGGAGAAAAGUGCCACACUCUUCAGGCCAAAACUGAUAGUUGCUGGUGCUAGUGCUUAUGCACGCCUAUAUGAUUAUGCACGAAUUCGCAAGGUCUGUGACAAGCAGAAAGCUAUUAUGUUGGCAGAUAUGGCACACAUCAGUGGUUUGGUUGCAGCCGGUGUCAUCCCAUCACCAUUUGACUAUGCUGAUGUUGUGACCACCACAACCCACAAGUCCCUUCGUGGUCCACGUGGUGCAAUGAUUUUCUUCAGGAAGGGGGUAAAGGAGAUUAAUAAACAAGGAAAAGAGGUGUUGUAUGACUAUGAAGACAAAAUCAAUCAAGCUGUCUUUCCCGGACUUCAAGGUGGUCCACAUAACCACACAAUUACUGGCUUAGCAGUUGCAUUGAAACAGGCUAUGACUCCAGAAUACAAAGCCUAUCAAGAGCAAGUUCUCAGCAAUUGCUCAAAAUUUGCACAGACUUUAACUGAGAAUGGCUAUGAACUUGUUUCUGGUGGGACUGAGAACCACUUAGUUUUGGUGAAUUUAAAAAAUAUGGGUAUUGAUGGUUCCAGAGUUGAGAAGGUGUUGGAAUCUGUUCACAUUGCAGCCAACAAAAACACUGUUCCCGGCGAUGUAUCUGCUAUGGUUCCCGGUGGCAUCAGGAUGGGAACCCCUGCUCUCACUUCCAGGGGAUUUGUUGAGGAGGAUUUUGCCAAAGUUGCUGACUUCUUUGACGCUGCUGUAAAGGUGGCUGUGAAGAUAAAGGCUGAAACUAAAGGGACGAAGUUGAAAGACUUUUUGGCGACAAUGCAGUCCAGUGCUCCGAUUCAAUCUGAGAUUGCAAAGCUCCGACAUGAGGUUGAGGAAUAUGCAAAACAAUUCCCAACAGUUGGAUUUGAGAAAGAAACCAUGAAAUACAAAAACUGAGAAAGCAUCAGGCACCAAACCAGAAAAAUAGAUGAUUUUACUGGUUGUUGGAGGGAGAUGAUAAAAGUUCCAUGUAGUCAAUACUGUCAAGGAUGUGACAGUGGAGCUUUUAUCUAUAGAAUCUUGUGUUCCAUCUCCAUGGAAGUGUACAUGUAUAUGAAUUGAGGCCUUGCAAAGCAAUACACUUUGCCUUGAUUUUAUAAAAAGAGCUUCUUUAUUUUCUCCUCUA